CGCCUACGCAUGGCCCCACCUUUUUGCGUCCCAACGUCUCUGCUUUUCUCGUUUGAAUUUCAAAUCUCUUCUUACUUACUCGCUGCCAUUAAACAAGAACAAAACUUUCAUACCUCUCACCUCAAACUAACAUUCUAUUAUAUUAAAAUAAUGAUAAUCAUAUUCUUUCAUCAUUCCUGCUUUCCAUUUUUAGUUUAAUGUCGUUUUGAUCUCUUCUAUCCUCUGCAAAAAAAAAAAAAACAAUGGGAGAUUCUGCUUGUCUCUUGCAUGGCUUCUCUUAUGCUUCUGCUGUACCAAAUGAAUCCAAACAGGGGAAUCACAUGCACGCUUUAGGGGAAUCCAUCUCAUUUGGAAGGUUCACAGCAGAUUCCUUGUCUUGGGAGAGAUGGUCCACAUUCCCUCACAAGAAAUACGUGGAGGAGGCCGAGAGGUACGCGCGCCCAGGCUCCGUCGCGCAGAAGAAGGCCUUCUUCGAGGCUCACUACAAGCGGAUUGCUGCUCAAAGGGCUGCUGCAGCAGCUCUGCUCGAGCAAGAAAAUGCUGCCAACGCUCAAAAUGAAGGACUUGUUGCUGUCAAUGAUGAUGAUGAUGCUGAUCAUGAGGUGGGGAAACCGGACUUUGUCGAUUUGGGAAGUGGGAAUUUCAAGAAUCGUGAUGUGAAGCGAGGUGAUGGAGGGAGGAUUAGCAAUGGGGAGAGAGAGAGAGAGAAUGGUGUGGUGAUUGGAAUUGAAGUAUCAAAUGUGAAGAGGAGUCAUUCAGUUAAAAGGAGUAAUCUUGAAAAUGGUGCUGCAGUUUCUGCUGCUUCAGAGAGUAGUGAGACUUCACAGAUAGAGAAGCCAUUGCUGAAGCACAAAUCUGUUGAUAGUGAGGAGGUCUCAUCAGGGAUGAGCAAGAGAAGGACUGGCCUUUCUUCAAUGAAGGCGUCGGCUCAUCACAAAACGCGCAGAAUCCCAUCCACACCUGCAAAGCCCAUCAUGACUCCACAGCUCAACAGAGAGAGCAAUGCCAAUCACAGCACGAGGAGGCCUAAUGUGGACGCGUUGGAAGGGAAAAGAUCGUCUCCAAAGUCACUGCGUGCCUUGCUGAGCUUGGGUUCUUUCAGGGAGUCUGAUAGAGACUUGGCUUCCAAGAACAAGAGGGCCGAGAGCUCGGGCCUUGCACGAAGCUCCUCUAGAACGCCUAACGAUUGCUCGACUCCUUUCAAGACUCCUGCUCCGGCUUCUACUAAGAGUGGUGUGCCUUCAUAUCCUGCAGCAGCCACCCCUCAAUCUGAGAAUAGAAGGAUGAAAACACCAGAACCCUCAGCCUCAGGAAGGAAAACAGCUGGUCCUAAAUGGCACAUCUUGUCUGCAGUCUGCUCGAAGUCGUUGUCAGCCUACAGGAAUAAACUACAGUCACCAACUGUAUCCACUCCCUUCAUGCUGAGAACAGAAGAAAGAGCUGCAAAGAGAAAACAGAAACUCGAGGAGAAAUUCAAUGCAACGGAGGUGCAGAAGACGCAGCAGAAGACAUUAAAGGAGAAAGCAGGAAAUGAGUUUAGAAAACUAAGCUGUAGCCUCUGCUUCAAAGCUCGACCCUUGCCCGACUUCUACAAGGAAAGAGAAGCCCCAAAUAAUCAGACGAAAAAGCCUCCGGCAGCAGCACAACCACAGACAGCCGUAUUAGGAAGAAGCGUUUCAAACAAGAAGCAGGGCACUAUCUCAAUGCCGCCGCCGCCGCCGCCUCCAAGAAUCUUAGCCAAGACCAGGAAUUUAUCAAAGAAGAAAGUUGUGAACCAAAGCAAAUUUCACAGUACAUCACUAUCUGAAAGAAUGGCACAUGAAAAUGCUUCUCCGAAUAUCCAGCAGUGAUCAGUGGAUGUGCAUAAAAUUCUUUUUCAUCUUCAAAUUCAAUUCGUCAUUGUUUAAUGUGCGAGAUGUAAUCUUCUUUUAUAUAUAUACAUGCCUCUCUAUAUGUGUGUGUGUGUGUGUUCUGAUGUUUAGAAUUCAACCACAAGAAAAUGAAUUUCGUUAUCUGUCUUUCA